AAAAAAAAGAAGUAUGCUCUUUCUCUUCUGCACGUGCAACAAUUCCGUUUCUUCGAAGCAGUGUAAAAAUGCAUUUUUUGAAAGUUCCUUUUGAAAGGGGGCCAUAACGGUUCGCUUAUUUUUAACCUCACUUAUAACAUCUUUUUCCCACUUGAGCAUUUCCAGUAAGAUGAAUGGUUAAUUUUUUUCCUUCCCCAGCGCGUGUUUGCGAACAAUUUGGCUAGUGUUCCCACAUUGUUUGCUCUUUUCAAGAUCGAAAAUGACAACACGAUGCUCAUUUUUUUCAUUUAAAAAGUUUUAAUAAAUAAAAAAAGCAAACAUGAGUGAUGAUAACGCGACUGAGGUGUUGUAUGUAGGGGGAAUUGAUGAGACAAUAGACGAAAAGAGUUUGUAUGACAUUUUUUCUUCCUUUGGUGAUGUAAGAAAUAUCGAGGUGCCUAUAAAUUUGGUUACAAAAAAAAAUCGAGGAUUCGCAUUCGUGGAGUAUGUGGAAAAGGAUGAUGCGAAGCAUGCCUUAUACAACAUGAAUAAUUUUGAAUUAAAUGGAAAGAAAAUUCAUGUCAACUACUCCAAAAAUAGGAAAAUGGAACAGUAUAAGCCGGUUUGGAUAGACGAUUUGUAUAACCAGGAAAAGAUGAAACAAAUGGAGGAGGGAAAUUCAAACCAGGUGGAAAACGUAGAAAAGGACCCCCCUGAUUAAUAACAAACAGUGCUUAUGCUGGAUGGCCUCUAUGCAUUAUAAUGCCUUAUAACCUGUGGAACAAGAUUUUUCUUUUUUCAUAGUCAUACAAUUUUACGUCAUUAAUAUUGUAUGUUCCUUUUUUUUUAUUUUUU